GUCCCGCUUGGUAGCUCCCGUUGUUUAGUUUGACUCUGCUGGAUUUAUUUCUCUAUAAGACCCUUUUAUGUGCGGCUGCCUUCGGAUGUAAAUCUCACAGGGUCAUGGGGAUUGCACUCCGAUAAUAGUUUCUACCUUUGCUGGGCGGAAAGGCAUGUGUUCCGGGCAGGAGGGGAGAAUAACGCGAUCCGUCUCGAGGGCGACAUUAGGCACUUUGCUUUUCAGCGUGUGAAUAGGCUAACACGGCUCCUCCCUCUCCCUCUGAAAUGCAAAACCAAUUGCGUUGGAGAAGCGUUAAGUGUCAACGAUUCCCUAGACACACGUGCGCUCCGCUUGGUUCGAAAGCGGGUGCCACCUUGCGCUAUUUCCCGCUGUCUCUUAAGUCAUCACGUGAGUGCGAUGAAUCAUGCCCAAAACAGGGGUUAUUCGUAUGGGGUUUGGUAUAGUUCUUGGAGCAGCUGCAGGAAUAGGUCUCAUCUUUUACUUCUACAAACAGAAGAGAAAGAAGCCCAGUCAGGAAAACAGUUCAAGAUAUCCAAUUGUACAUUGUCAGCAAAAUGCUAUGUAUGUUCAUGAACAUGCAGAAACCCUUCAGCCUUAUAAUCAGGUUCCAUGGAUGAGACCAGAACCAGUGGAGGGUGGUGAUAGCGUUCCAUAUACAUCUCUUCUAACGCAUGAAGAGCAGGCUGAAGUCUUAAAUCGUCUUGAUUUUGUGCUCAGAAGCCUUAUAGAGUUGCGACAUGAGAUGCAAGAAUUACGGAACAGCCUACAAAGUUUAGCUGGAGGAAUUAUUGAAGAAGUCAGGUCUCAUCUAGAAGAAAGCCAAAAGGUUAUUCGGCGGAGGCGAUUUAUAUACCCCAGAGAAAGAAGUGAUUCCACAGGAUCCAGCUCAAUAUAUUUCACAGCCAGUUCCGGAGCUGGCAAUACAGACGAUGGAGAAAGUGAGGGGGGCUAUACUACGGCCAAUGCAGAAUCUGAUUAUGAUAGGGAAUCUGAUAAAGAGAGUGAUGAAGGAGAAGAUGAAAUCAGCUGUGAAACAGUUAGAACUGGAAGAAGAGAUUCCCUGGACCUUGUCAAUGAAGAUGAAGCAGCGCUGAGUUUGGACACUGCUUCAGAAGAAGAACUUGCUCAGUUGCUGCACCAAGCCGAUAGCUUACACAGGGGGACUGACCAGGAGAAGAGAGAAGGUUUCCAACUACUGCUUAACAAUAAACCUGUGUAUGGUGACAAGCAGGAUUUCCUUUGGCAUCUGGCCCGAGCUUACAGUGAUUUGUAUGAAAUCACAGAAGACACAGAGGAGAGGCAAUUGUAUGCAUGUGAUGGCAAAGAAGAGGCCAAAAUGGCUCUGCAGUUAGGAGAUCAAAGUGCUGAAUGUCACCAAUGGUAUGCUAUUCUGUGUGGUCAGUGUUCAGAACAUGAAAGCAUACAAAAGCGCAUUCAAGCUGGACAUGACUUUAAGAAACAUAUAGAUGAAGCCAUUUCUCUGAAACCAGAUGACCACAUGUCUUACUAUCUCCUAGGUCGAUGGUGUUACCAGGUUGCUCAUUUGGGAUGGCUGGAAAGGAAAACUGCUUCUGCUUUAUAUGGAGAGCCUCCCUUAGCCACUGUCCAAGACGCACUGCAAAACUUCUUAAAGGCUGAAGAGCUAAACUCUGGUUUUUCAAAAAUGGGAAGAAUAUAUAUUGCCAAGUGCUACAAGGAACUGGGGGAUAAUUCUAAAGCUGCUCAUUGGUUGACUCUGGCUUCAGAGUUGCCCGUUAUCACAAAAGAGGAUGCAGAAGGCAGCAGAGAAAUGGAAGAGAUGCAAGCAAUUUCUCUUGACUAAGGAAUCUUAAAUGCUCCAUCCUACAAUAAGCAGUGAAAAAAAUUCCAGUAUAAAAAAAUUUCUCACUGUGGCUGUUACUAGGCUUCAAGAGCAAAUCACAAACUACUAUUUCAGCACUUCUUUCUCAAAGAUUGUAGCUGGUAAUACCAAAUAGUUAAAGAAAUGUAAUUCAGCUCUCUCCCUUAUCACAAAAUAAGAGGAUCCUAAUUAACACCUGUGUUUAUGUGUUUGUAGAAUAGAUACUGGCAAAUUCAUUUGUAUUUUUUUCCAUACCCAUCCAGAAAUCUCCAGUACAUAAAAUUUUUAAACAAUUUUUGGGAAAAUUGAGAUAGCAUUAUAAAACAUGUAGAAUUAUUUAUAGCAUCCAUAUGAUUUGUUUUUAUUUUUUAUCAAAUUAGUCCAUUCAGGGGCUCCUAAGUGCCUCGUUCAUGUCAUUUGGAACAUCUGCUGGGUGCUUAUACUAUAUUUUGCUCAUAGAGAGCAAAGAGUAGCUUGGAAUGCCACUGACUUAAGAAAAAAAAUAGUGAGGAAAUUCUUUAAUUUUUCCCUUCUCCUAGUACCAUAGCUCUUGAGUUUCUUAAGUGAUUGUUUCAACCUAAAGAAAUAUCAUGAAAGAUUGUUAAUAUAUUGCCUGAGUUGUAUCUAAUGUGAAAUGAACCAAUAGAUCAUGGCCUUUUGGGCAAAUUGAUUAUCUUUGCUGAAUAAUAUAUUAAUUCCUAUGUCUGCUAUUUAUUUAAGACGUUUGUUGGUGUUAUAUAUAAGAAUAUGUGUGGCAUAUGACAUAAAUAUUUGAAAAGUUGAGGGAGUGACAUGGUAAAAUUUACAGAUGCUGUUCCAUGUGGCUUAUAAAAAGCAAAUGUAGGUGUGGUUUAAUAAUAUAAAAGUAAGAAUGCAAAAUAAAUUAGGUUACUGUUCAGGAAAUUAGAGUUAUUAUCCUUCAUAACAAAUAAUGGAAAAUAUUCAAUUGAAGUGCAAACCUAUUCUUUUUUUCAUGUUCAAAUACUUUAUUAAUGUUUGUUUACUAGUUGACAGGGUAAAGGAUAGUGUGCUGUCCUUGGAAUAGCACAGAGCACCCAUCUGCAGCAUGUCCAGAGACUGGGAUGUUCUCCUUCUAGUUCUUAAAUAUUUUUUGGAGAGGAAUAACAUUACUGUCAGAAAGAACAAUUAAACACUGUUAAGCACAAAACAAAAAACAAGAAUUUGCUUCAAUUGCAGAACUUAAAAAAUACAUACCAAUACAUCCCCCCCCCUGCCUCCUCCCCCCAGGAUUGCAGAGAAAGUACAUUCUCUGCCAAUCCUGGAAUCAUAUGUCCAGUGUACAGCAUGGAAAGAAAAUUAUAUUGGAAAAAAAAGUAGAGAGGGACCACAUAUAUGAAGAGACUCUAUAGGCUGAUAAGCCGAAUUGUAUAAGAGAUGUAUGUAACAUAGAUAACAUCAGUGAAUAUGAGAUGGAAUUAUGUAACCAGUGGGUUUCCACUUGUAGACCAAACAAUUUUCCAGAAUGCAAUAUAACUGUUUUCUGUGUGUACUUUGAUUUUUGGCAGAUAUUUUUGAAACCAUCAUUUCAUAAUAACUAUAGCUAUAUUAUUACCGUGAGGUUUAAUACACUCUGCCAUGUUGGACAUUUCUGUAUGAUGAGAUCAGAAACAACUUGCAGGAAUUUGAUCCCUUCCCAUAAAGAUGGAUAUUCCAUUACAGUUAGAUUGCUUUUUUAAAAUUUUACAAAAUAGUGUGGAAGAAAAAGCAAUAUUUCAGUCCAAAAUAAUGGGUUUUCCCUGUUUUUUCACAUUUGUAACCAAAAACAUUUAGAACCUAUCUUAAGUACUGUAGUUUCAUUAAGAUUGCAAACAAAUGUGAUGAUGCUAAGAUUAUAAAAUCAAAAUUUUGCAGAAGGAGUAGUGUAAUGUUUAUAUGACCAGGUGCUGAGAAUAAGCUGCUAGCUUCCUUACAUAUCUUCAAUAAUAACCUAUAAUUUAGUGGAGCUCCCCGAAGUUGGACUCAAACUGAAGAAAUAUAAAAUAUUUUUAUAAGACAUGAAUCCCUAAUGUAAUAAUUCAUAUUUUAAAAGUCCAUAUUUACUGGCAUUGUUAACAUUUUACUCUGGUAAUGUAAGACCAAACUCCACCAGUUUCAUUUUCCAUGCAGACUUCUAUAUUAUCAUGCUAUUGUCAAUUUCCUUAUUUUGUUGGGUGGAGGAGAAAUUCCUUAUGGAACAUAUCAUGUUUUUGUGCCUUGGUUUGUUUUAUAUUAUAACAAGGUAUAGAGUAUAUUCAAUUUGAAGUCUUACAAAAUUAAACAUGUGGCAUGUUCUAAGGACAAAGAAAUUUGCCCUUGUCCAGGAGAAAAUAAAAUACAUAUACUCUAUGGCUUUUUCAUGCAAAUCAUUUCAGUAUUAGGUUCAAAAUGUGCAGAAGCAAGUUUGAGGCAGAAGUUAAUUCUGAUUGAAAUAAUCAGCUGCUCAUCUAAAGCAGUGUUUCUUUAACUAGGAACUUUUAAGACGUAUUUCCAGAAUUCCGCAUCCAACAUGUUGGCUGGGGGAAAUCUGGGAGUUGAAAUCUACAUCUCUUAAAGUUGCUGAGGUUAAACACUAAUCUAAAGAGUAUCUUGUGAAAUCUGUGGCCUUGUUUGCAGAGAAGAAACAGUCCAUGCCAACGUUGAUUAGCUUUGUUAAUAAGUAUUUGCUUUCAGAACUCUGCAUUUAUUUAGCAUUUUUUAUUCUAUGUUAGAACUGAGUUAUGAGAUGUAACUUUGUCACUUCCAUAAUUUCCAAAGCAUCUUUUUCUGUUCUGACUUAGGACUUAUAUCUCUUUGUGUAACUUGAUGUUUUAUAUUAUUUUAUAUAACUGACUGGUUUAUUAUUGCACUUAAUUAACUGUUCCUUUCUCUGCUUUAAAGAUUGCAGCCAAAGUGAACAUGCAGAUAUUUGACUUUCAUAAGAGGUUGACCAGUUUACUGGUGCUUGUUUGUGCACUGAAAAUUGCUGGAGUGGCAAAUGUGUAAAAGUUUUAUGUCAACUAAUCAAAGCAUCAGCUGCCUAUUUUAAUACCAUUUUAGAACCAGGCUUGUUAUCAAAAUUAACAUGACAUUGUUAUAAUCAGUCAUGACCAGAAACAAAGCACCUGUCAAAACCUCAUAUAGCUGGCAAACAUUUAGAGACAAAUAAUGGUGUUAUAGUUAGUCAGAGACUUAUAAUCUGGCUCGAUAAACAGACUCCAUCCUGAACCAUCAGAAACCAUCCUUGGUUAUAGAUAUUCUUGGCUACCAUUACCUUUAAGGCAAAAGAUUCCAGGACUAGCAGCAGGCUGCAGACUACAAUUGAAGAAUUCUUGAUUUCACCUUAAAAAAAAUCAUAUAGAUUUCUUUGUUCUAUAGUCUCUGAGCUACAUUUUGUCAUUAGUAAGGCAGUAUCACUUGUCAAACAUUCCCAGGUCAAUUCUUCAGGAGUCAUGGCAAUGGAUGAACUAUGGCUGCUUUCCUAAUUCAUGGAAAUACAGUUUACACUUUAACUAUAAAGAUUUGAGAAUUUAGCUAAUGACCAAAAGUGUUGUCUUUGAAUACUUUUUUUGAAAAGGCUAAAAAGCAUUUAUAAAAUAUGAAAAACUACUAGUGAUAGCUGCUGUGCUAUAUUCUACUACCCAGGGCUAGACCUCAUUCAGACUUCUCACUGAGUAAAUGGGUUUGCACUGCAUUGGAGUGUUCUUUGCUGGUUUUGCCACAUUUUCACAUUCCAUAUGAAUUCUUCUGAAUUGGGACCUUGAAUGAUUUCCAUAUUUGUUGACAUUAUUAAUUUACAAAUGUGUGAAAGCAUUUGUGUUGUAUGAUACUCUUGGACUGCCUUACAAAUAUUUUAACAUUGCAUACAACCAAAUCAGUGUAGGGUGGAUUCUAAAGCAGCUGUUACAGCGAUAAAUAAAUCUGAUUACAAAAGCACUGAAGUUAGGAAAAUAAAAGUAUUAAUCCUUGAUGCUGGAUUGGCAAAAAGUUGCUCAGGCUACAGCAUCUACAUUUAUCCCUAAUACAAGGAAACUUUUUCUUAUAAUUGGCUCUACUCCUUUGCUUUGAGAAUAAUAGUGUUCCAAAUCUCAAAAGAUGCCUGUGAAAUUGCUUUAAGUAAUUAAGUAUUUUCUAUGAAAUAACUUGAAAUUACAGAAGAGAGUAACCUUUGUUCAAAGGUGCUUGGAAAAGCAUUGGUUCUUAUUCUUUAAGAUGCAUUUUGAGCAGCCUUAUGUUAGGAAAAAAGCAUAGAUGUGUAACUAAUUUUGCUGAUUAACUGUGAAAUUAAGGGCGGGAAUACUUUACAGAUGCAUUGUCUCCUUAUUGCAGGCAUUGAAAAGGAGAAAAUAGUAAUAGAAAAGGACAUAUUGAAUGACUGACAUUGAGAUAUUUACUUUGAGUCUCUUUAAAGACAGCCAAAAAAAGUCUCCAUAAAAAUUUUCUAAUUGUACUUUUGUUCUUUAAAAAAAGCUAAUACAUGAAUUGACUGUAUUUAAAUCUCAACUCAAUUUUAUUUGAAAUAAAAGUAAAAACACAAAAA